AAAGAUUAUUCUCCACGAUGAAGACUUUGCUGGUGUCGGUUAUAUUGGCUGUUGCUAUUAGCGCUGCGUAUGCAGAUGCCAACAAUAACUAUGGCGCCUCUGCAUACGAUUACCACAGAACAGUCGGUAUUCCACUAGCUAGCAAAGUGAAGACCGCUGAAGAAAUAGGUUUGAAACACUUCCCCAGAAUCGUUGGUGGUGACAUCACUGACAUCGCAGAAGUACCGUACCAGGCUGGACUCGUGAUUAGAAUCUUAUUCAUCCUCACCUCCAUGUGCGGUGGUUCCUUGAUUUCCAACACUCGCAUCUUGACCGCUGCUCACUGCUACACGGAUGGCGUUCUGACUGCCCAAUCUUUCACUGUUGUCCUCGGUUCCAAUACAAUCUUCAGUGGCGGUCAUCGCGUCGUCACCACCGACAUCGCAGUGCACCCUAACUGGAAUACUUCAAACGCUGCUAACGAUAUUGCUGUUAUUCGUAUUCCUUCAGUCAGCUACAGUCCUGUAAUCCAGCCAAUUGCUCUCCCAAGUGACGGCCAGCUUUUCAACAAUUUCGCUGGUUGGAACGCUCUUGCAUCCGGAUAUGGUCUAACUAGGGACGGUGGUUCAACCCCAAUGAGCCAGAGACUCAGCUCCGUGACCCUCCCCGUCAUAACCAAUAACCAAUGCGCUUCUAUUUACGGCACUGAAUAUGUCCAUGACUCCAAUAUCUGUACCAGUGGAGAGGGUGGCAGGGGAACUUGCCAAGGUGACUCCGGUGGACCGUUGGUCGUCAACAUCGCUGGCAGUCGAGUCUUGAUCGGUGUGACAUCGUACGGAGCUUUGGCUGGUUGUGAAGUCGGCUUCCCUGCAGCUUACGCAAGAGUUACUUCCUACGUACCUUGGAUCAAUGCGCAAUAAACGAUAGUUUAAAUUAAAUACA